AUGUGGGCUGGCUGCGCAUACCUGCGGAGCCCUUUAUCAGGCUCUUAUCGUGAAUAUGAUGGGCAGCCACGCCAGCGCGCGCCGGGCGUCAGGGAGAACCACCAGUGGUAUGUCUGCAACACAGAACAGUUGUCUGAAUCCCUUCAGCCCAUUUUUGUCCAGAGUUACCUUGACCAAGGAACACAGAUCUUCUUAAACAACAGCAUUGAGAAGUCAGGCUGGCUGUUUAUCCAGCUCUACCACUCCAUUGUGUCCUCCAGUUUUAGCCUUUUUAUGUCUAGAACAUCUAUCAAUGGGCUGCUGGGAAGGGGCUCAAUGUUUGUGUUCUCCCCAGAACAAUUUCAAAGACUGCUUAAAAUAAAUCCCGACUGGAAAUCCCACAGACUUCUUGAUUUAGGGGCUGGGGAUGGAGAAGUCACUAAAGUCAUGAGUCCUCACUUUGAAGAAAUCUAUGCCACUGAACUGUCUGAAACGAUGAUAUGGCAGCUUCAGAAGAAGAAAUACAGGGUGCUUGGUGUAAAUGAAUGGCAAAACACAGGAUUUCAGUAUGAUGUUAUCAGCUGUUUGAAUUUGCUGGAUCGCUGUGAUCAACCACUGACUCUAUUAAAGGAUAUUAGAAGUGUAGUGGAGCCAACCAAAGGCAGGGUCAUUCUAGCACUGGUUCUGCCAUUUCACCCCUAUGUGGAAAAUGGUGGCAAGUGGGAAAAGCCCUCAGAAGUUCUGGAAAUCAAAGGGCAGACUUGGGAAGAGCAGGUGAAUAGCCUGCCAGAAGUUUUCAGUAAAGCUGGUUUUGCCAUAGAGGCUUUCACCAGACUGCCAUACCUGUGUGAAGGUGACAUGUACAAUGACUACUAUGUGCUGGAUGACGCUGUCUUCGUCCUCAAGCCAGUGUAAGGUGUCUGAAGUAAACCUCCAGAAUCUAACCCAAGGAGCAGCCUCUGAAAGAGGGUUUUGAUUUUAUGGUUACUUAAAGGGAGGGAAUUUUUGGGAUUGCCAUGCUAAAUGAAUACCGUGUAAGAAAUUUAAAGGCCAAAAUACUAAUGUAUUUCUUUGUAGUGUGAUUGGGGGGGGGGGGAAAGGUUGUUUUUUAAACAGACUCCUCCAUUGAGAAUUUCUUUUUUACUUGCUCUUAAACCAACAAUGCAUUCUGCAAUCCAGCAGCAAUGGGGGAUAUUUUUUUAUAUUUACCUGCAACAGGGAUCAGAUCCAAACAAAAGCAAUAUUCCUAAUAAUGGUGAAACUGAUACAGUGUGAACUGUUAAAAAAAUCAAGCGAAAUCUGGCAAUAAAGUUAUCCAUUCAGUUCAAGCCUUGUUGAAUAAAAACUGUUAAAAUGGAUAUUCUUCCAUGCUAAGUUACUUUCUUACUGUCAUUCUUCACGUUUUUAAUCAUGCUAAUAAACUUUUUUGAGAUGA